UUAUGUAAUCAUAGAAAGCCUGCAUGUUCAAGAUAGCAUGCAAGGUCGCAGGCCUGUGGAGAUCUUCACAAAUGCUGUAAUAAUCUACAGAUUCUCAAACAGGAUUGAUCACUUUCACUAUGUACUUUUAAUGUAAUCUCAACUGCAAUCCUGGUCAUUUGGUUGCACUAAUAGAUAAAACACAGUGAUAACACAUAAAUGUGCAAUAUGCAGAUAUCGUUCCUCCAUUGCUUGGUGGCAAAAAAACAAUAUGUAGAGAAUCAUUGUACCUUCUAUAUUGCUGUGAAAUAUCUUUUCAGUUUCCCAACAUAUUGUAUUGUCAGCUGUUUGAAGCUGUGUACAAAACCAAAAGUAAAAGACGCUUAAACAACAUUAAAUGAAUGGGACGCAUAGAAUUACCGCACAUAGAACAUAUAUACCGCUUCUAAAACUUGCUUUCAAUUAAAAAUGACAGAUCUAUAACUCAUAUUUCUAUGUAAAUUUGGUUGGGUUGCCCAAAAAAGUUACAUAUUGUCGCUUUAAGUUGUUGUAAAAAUAAAAAAAAAUAUCUGACAUUAUAUUCCCAUUUUAACUUGCUGUGCUUUAAAUGAUUGAAAGUGCAGUGAUAACACAUUUAGAUGACAACUAAACCAAAAAUCAGACAUGGUUUUCGAUUGGAAUUUGUGCUUUUAGAUGGUUGAAGUCAGUGAUAACACAUUGGGAAUUCAGCAAACUUCAGGCUCUCUUUUUGAAUGGGUGAAUGAAGGUUGAAAUGUAAUUGAUUAACAUCUCACAACAAAUAUGACCAAAUUCUACUUCCAGCUUGUAUAUGUUAAGCCUACAUUUGAUAAUAAUUGAUUAUCCAGGAAACAAUAUACUCUGUAGGCAUAUCAGGCUCUUGGGGAGGGGCCAUGGAAAGCAACACAGUGAAAAGGGAUCACCCCUAUUCCUAUUCAACACAAUCUGUUACUUUGUUGCUUUUCUUUCUGUAACUAGGGGUCAGAUAGUGCUAUGUCGUGUCCACUGGCCAUGUGAGGACGGCACAAUGUUUAAAGGGCCCGUGCCGCCACCCCCUAUGGUAUUAAAAUCGGUACCUUACCAGAAUACUGUGCACACGAUGACGUCACCGUGAAAAGCACAGACAAAGUACAGGGCUGCUCUCUGCUGGCGAUAACUACACAUUGCACGUUUCGAAAGAAUACUAUUAGAAAUUAAGAGGCGAAGGGAGAGAGUCCACUCCGGUCAAAAUCUGUCCACGCGGGAAUAUCGGUCUGCUUACGGCCUUCCCUCCUUUGGGAUAACUACUCACAUUGUUAAUGUGGAGACAAGACCAUAUCGUCAUCAUAUACAGUAUCUGAUAAUAUUAAAAGUGACAAUUUCAUUUGGUAUAAUGUUAAUUUCUAAAAACGUAACUCUGAAUAUGAUUACAUCUCAGUGAAUUAAUAAUAUGAAGUGUUUUUCUGAAUGAACAACAUACCAAAUGCUAAAUUGGAUGCAAUUUGAUGCAUGCUAAUGAGCUUUUCUGCCCCAUAGACAAAAAGGCCUACAGAAAAUACAUUCAUAUUGUGUAGUUUGCAUAGCUCUGCUUUAGAUGUUUAAAAAAAUUGUACAUUGUAAUUUUAAAAAUACUGAUAGUAUGUUUGCGCUAUCAUGUCAACUCCUUGUUAUGCCCCCCAAAAAUGUUCACUUUGACAACGACAACAAUGGCGCAGGAAAGAGCAUAAAAACAGGUAGCCUCAGAACUAUACCUGCCAUUUGCCAUUUACCUAACAGGAACGUUUAGGGGUAACAGUUUGAUUAACCUAUACUUAACUUUAUACAUAUCAAAUAGCUCGUUCACAAGCUUUCCCUUGAGUUGACAUGCAAUGACACAUGUUAGCUGGUUGAAAUGGAGAUCUACCAAUACGAUCUCCGUGUGAUGAGUAAUGUCUAUUUCAAGACCAUGUGUAACGUGGUUUAAUUCAGGUUAUACAAUACAGGUCAGGUAGGCCUAAUAGGGAUCUAUAACAUAUUGAUGAAAGAUUGUUGCACAACAUUUUUUAUUUUAUUUUUUAUUUAACUAGGCAAGUCAGUUAAGAACAAAUUAUUAUUUACAAUGACGACCUAGGAACAGUGGGUUAACUACCUUGUUCAGGGGCAGAACGACAUAUUUUCACCUUGUCAGCUCAGGGAUUCAAUCUAGCAACCUUUUAGUUCCUAGCCCAACGCACGAACCACUAAACUACCUGCCGCCCCCAAUAAUAGUGUAAUAACUGAUUGUCUAACAUAUAUUUCCCAUACUGUGUUUUCCGUACUGUAAACGGACAAAAACAAAUAAUGACUGAAGUGUUUAAGCACAGUAGUCUACAUUGGCAAAUAACCACUUAAAAGCUAAUGAAUAUAAAAUGUAUUAGGCUGUAUUGAAUAGAAUUACAAUCGGGAUAUAAAACAAAAAUGGCAUUUUACAAUCCUUUCAAGGACGGGACCUCGCUUCACUCUCAGGAAGUAAUGAGGGUUGUGAGUCAUUUUUCCGCAUAUCCGUGCGCUUAAUAGUGAUGUAGCUUUUGGCACGCAUUGCGCAUUCCGGAGUGGCGACGCCGCCCUGACUCCGCCGACUGGAACUAGAGAACUUCCGAGAGUGUACUGUGACACAUCAAAACAUUUUAAUUCCCUCGCUGUGGUCAUUACUGCUCUACGUACAACUACUUCAACAGUUGGCUAUGAGGGGAGACGAAGUGGAGAGUGUCCGGUUACACUUUUCAGGUCUAAAUUUAGGGAGACUACGCUGACGCAAGAUGGCUAAAAUCGGUCCUAUGAGUGACAACGGGUACAAGACACUGGAUCCAUGGAAACGUAUCCUACAACUUAGCUGUUAUUGAUGACAGGGUGUAUUUUGGGCCUUUGUUGUCAUCUUUCCGGAACACUUGGGGCUCUAGCGUUUUGUAUAAAGGCGAGUCUUCCAAAAUGCAGUUGUACAGCAGUGCGUUGACACACUAUCCCGGAUCCUCUCGCAAAGUUCCGAUAACUAUCACAAGUGGUACCAUUACUGACCAUUUGCCCAGGACAACAACGAACUCUGCAAAUAAUAAACCGAGUGGGCUUACUCCAACAGUGACUAACGGGAAUCCGGAAGGAGUGACUCAAUCUACCGCAAACAUGCCCGCUGCUUUUUCAUGUUACGAGGCUGCUUCCAUGAAGCCAGUCUACUACACUUCUACCGCAGAAAUAAUCAUUCGUCGGCCUGACGGAGUUGAGAGAUACGUACCAGUGCACAUCAUAAAGGAGACCCAGACAAAACGGGCUCCGUCGGACUCAUAUUCGCAAGAUGUUGUGAAUCAGGCGCGUGACCGAGAUGAUCAUUUGGACACAGACUUGAUUGUGGACUUCAUUGAUCACUUGAGAGGUAGAGGGGAUCUACUCAAUGAUAGUCAAAACGUGGAAGGUGAAAAUAACCUGAUAAACGUCGACAAAAACGAUGGACCAAGUUACAGAAAGUGUGGGGAGAGAAUGAACAUGGCAAAUGGGAAGGGAAAAACCGCCACAAGUGACAUUGUGAACCCAAAACGCCAUCAGAACUUAGAGGCGCAGUCGACCCAUUUAGGCCAGAACAUCGUGGACUCCCAUGAAAGUAAAAAUGACAGUGAAUACUCAGACCUGGACUCUCCAUCAGGCGAGGCGCAGCUCUUUGAGCUCCGUGUCCUACAUGAGCCGUCUCCGCAGAGAGAUGCAAAAAGGUGUGAAAUCAACGACAAGGUGACGUGCUACAUAGCGGAGGUGGAGAAACAAAACAAGUACCUCCAGGAGAGGGCACACAAGUACAGAUUCCACAUCAUCCCUGACGGCAACUGUCUGUACAGGGCGGUGUGCAAAGCCGCCUACGGAGAGCAAUCUAUGCACAGCGAGCUGAGAGAGCAGACAAUGCACCAUAUCGCCGACCACCUGGAUGAGUUUAACCCCAUCAUUGAGGGAGAUGUCGGGGAGUUCUUGAUCAAUGCAGCCCAGGACGGCGCCUGGGCGGGCUAUCCGGAGCUUCUGGCGAUGAGUCAGAUGUUGAAUGUGAACAUUUACCUAACCACAGGAGGUAGCUUGGAGAGUCCCACAGUUUCAACCAUGGUGCACUACCUGGGGGAAGAUGAUUCGUCCAAACCCGCUGUCUGGUUGAGUUGGCUCAGCAACGGACACUAUGAUGUCUUGCUGGACAGGUGUGUGGCCAACCCAGAGUAUGACGAGUGGUUUCAUCACUCUCAGAUGCAAAGGAAACGGGACGAAGAGCUGGCCAAGUCGAUGGCAGCAUCACUGUCUAAAAUGUACAUUGAGCAAAACGGUCACAUUUGAAACCAAUAGUUAUUCAACAGCUGCAUUCAAAUGUUAAUCAGCCUCUCUCUCUUUCUCUCUCGCUCUCUCUCAUUCUCUUUAAACCGAUUGCACUUUGAUUCUGUGUGUUUGUGACUUCAACAUUGCCUUAAUGACAUUUUCUAAGUUUUGUAUUGUACCCAAAUUGAAGUGCAGUGCACGCACAUGUUAUAUUUCAAAAUGUUGUGUUGUAAAUAGACUAAACAACAAAAUGUUAGUUCCAAGUGAUGCUUGAAGGGGCUUGUAUUAUUUCCCAUACAUUGAUGUAUUUUGUUUGAAGUGAAUGGGUUGGAAUUACUCUGUAUCAAGUUUUUAAAAAAAUGGUGUCAACUGGUUAAAUAGACAUUUGUUGAUACUAAAUCUAUACUGAACAAAAUUAUAAAAGCUACAUAUAAAGUGUUGGUCCCAUGUCUCAUGAGCUGAAAUAAAAGAUCCCAGAAAUGUUC